GAAGCGUCCGUGCGGUUCGAUGACGUCACUGAAGGACCGCGCGUCCCCGCCUGAACCCGCGCGUCUAAUUGCCGCCCUCGGGUCGAGAGGAAGAAGUCUGGAAGCUGCGUUACUUCCUUCCAGCUGACGUCACACCAGCAUGGCGGUCAAGGUGCAGGCGACCCAGAGGGCAGACCCCCAUCACUUGAAGGCCAUUUUCUUAAAGUAUGCCAGCGUGGUGGAGGAUGGCGAGCAUUACUUGACACCAAAAGACUUUGUGCAAAAUUACCUGGGUCUGCAGGACCAGCUACAGCAUAAUCCCCAAGCUGUAAACCUGAUAGCUGGAGUGGCAGACACUACUAAAGAUGGGUUAAUCUCGUUCCAGGAGUUCUUGGCCUUUGAAUCAGUUUUAUGCGCCCCCGACGCCCUGUUCAUAGUUGCCUUCCAACUCUUUGACAAGACUGGCACUGGGGACAUUUCAUUUGAGAACGUUCGCGACAUCUUCAGCCAGACCGCGAUCCAUCAUCAUAUUCCCUUCAACUGGGACUGCGAGUUCAUCAGGCUCCACUUCGGCCAUGAGAGGAACAAACACCUCAGCUAUGUGGAGUUCACCCAGUUUCUGCAGGAGCUGCAGCUGGAACACGCCCGCCAGGCUUUCGCCCAAAAAGACCUGGGCAAGAGCGGCACCAUCACGGCUCUGGACUUCAGUGACAUCAUGGCCACCAUCAGGCACCACAUGCUGACCCGCUUUGUCCAGGAAAAUCUGGUUUCUGCGGCUGGAGGAAGCACCUCCCACCUGGUGAGCUUCUCUUACUUCAACGCGUUCAAUGCCCUCCUGAACAACAUGGAGCUGGUCCGCAAGAUAUACAGCACCUUUGCCGGCACCCGGGAAGACACGCUGGUGACUAAAGAGGAGUUUGUCCACGCUGCCAAUAAGUUUGGUCAGAUCACUCCAAUGGAGAUUGACAUCCUGUACCAACUUGCUGGUCUCCACAGUCACACGGGGCGCCUCAACCAUGCCGACAUCGAGAGGAUAGCGCCGCUGGAAGAAGGAGCCAUGCCUUACCACCUUGCCGAGGCCAAGAGACAGCAUGAUCACCAAGCGUCCCGGUCCGUCUGGCUCCAGGCCGGAGAGUCUGCCUACAGGUUCACUCUGGGCUCCAUUGCUGGAGCCACCGGUGCAACGGCCGUGUACCCGAUAGACCUGGUCAAGACCCGCAUACAGAACCAGCGGUCCACAGGUUCCCUGGUGGGCGAGCUCAUGUACAAGAACAGCUUCGACUGUGCCAAAAAAGUGCUGCGCUACGAGGGCUUCUUUGGAUUUUACCGAGGUCUCCUCCCGCAGCUCAUCGGCGUCGCCCCGGAAAAAGCCAUCAAACUCACGAUGAAUGAUUUUGUCCGAGACAAGUUCACCACACAAGAUGAUUUCAUCCCUCUGGCUGCUGAGGUUCUCGCUGGCGGAUGUGCCGGAGGCUCCCAGGUGAUUUUCACCAAUCCCCUGGAGAUCGUGAAGAUCCGCCUGCAGGUGGCGGGAGAGAUCACCACGGGCGCCAGGGUCAGCGCGCUGAGUGUUGUCCGAGACCUGGGCUUCUUCGGCCUUUACAAGGGCGCCAAGGCCUGCUUCCUGCGUGACAUCCCCUUCUCUGCCAUCUACUUCCCGGUCUACGCUCACACUAAAGACAAGCUGGCAGAUGAGCAAGGACAUUUGGGGCCCCUGCAGCUGCUGGCUGCUGGAGCCUUCGCAGGUGUACCAGCAGCAUCCCUGGUGACCCCCGCUGAUGUCAUCAAGACCAGACUGCAGGUGUCGGCCAGAGCGGGCCAGACCACCUACAACGGGGUCAUCGACUGCUUCAGGAAGAUCCUCAGGGAGGAAGGCUUCAGGGCCUUCUGGAAGGGCGCCGCAGCUCGCGUGUUCAGGUCGUCACCUCAGUUCGGCGUCACUUUGCUGACCUACGAACUUCUGCAGAGAUGGUUCUACAUAGACUUUGGCGGCCAUCAAGCAGCGGGGUCGCCGUCCUCUCCCGCUCCCGACAAGCUCCCCCCCGUCACGGGAGACCACCUGGGCGGCUAUCGGCUGGCGGCCGCCACCUUUGCUGGCGUGGAGAGGAAGUUCGGCCUCCUCCUGCCAAAGUUCAACACCUGUAGCGAGGAGAGUGUCGCUGAGCUGCUGUGACCAGCGGCUCCUGCAAAGUGUCUUUACUCCUCCCAAUGCUGCAUGAACGUGGUCUCUGCUGUUUGUUACUCUUGUACUUCUUCACAGGGGAGCACUGUGACUAAAAAGAUGCUGCUGCCUUUUUUAGGGUGAAAUGAGCUCAGGUGUGUCUGCUACGUCCAGUCUUAUAAGCAUUUAUUUAACAUAUAUAUUUUUAUGAAUUUUAUUGGAAUAAAUCCUCAAACUGUCAA